GUGUUUCCAUAUCUAGUUGAGCUGAUGUUUUGGCGACUGUUGAUCACACUGGUGCUGGCGUCAGCGGAAUGCCGGACUUAUGAAGAGUCCUGCUACGGAGGUGUGGCUUUGCUUCAAUCCUCCGCGAAGGAAGUUCGUUCAUCAGGGCAGGCACUGAAGAAAAACCAAGCGCCGUGGUCUGACUUUGGUGGCCUGAUUCGAUGGACGGAUGUGGAUAAUUUGGUGCAACGUAUCGAUCCAGCUCCGGCGACAACAACUUCAAGCAGUUUGUUGGUUCGGGUCCUGGUGAGUACAGCCGUGCUUGUGGUCUCAGCCAGUCUGCUGGCCCCGUUUCUUUUCCUCCUGUUGGCUGCAGGAGGAACCAUAGCGCAGGCGCUUGGGUGGCCGCUAUCAAGCGGGAAAUCCAAUGUUGCCAGUGCCGCGAAGGUGCCAGAUUCUACCGCCACCGUUGGGCUACUUCCUCCUCGAGCAAAAGUCUCAUGGCCGUGGCUAGUGACUUCCAUAUGCCUGGUGGACGUUCUAUUGAAUGUUGUGUUCAUUCUCUUGCUUCUUCGCCGGCAGGAGGGGGUCCUGGAGUCUCCACACGCGCUCUUGAGCCUCGUGAUGGAGACUCUUGUGGGUUCGAUGUUUUUCUUGCUAUUUGCUCGCUGGGAUGAUCAGCGGCAUAUCAUCACCGCAUGGCAAGUUCUGCAGUCCAUUCGCUUCUUUCUCAUUCGCCGCACCAUCUAUCUCAACCCUGGCGUAUUCAUUGUUUCCAUGCUUUUGCUGCUGCUGGUCUCGUCGGUGGGAGUGGUGGCUGAGCUUUUUGUUGACAACGAGGUGCGCGUGCCGCCCUAUGAGCCCAAGAAGAUGGAUUUUGAUCGGCCAGCAUUUGGCUGGCUAGGACCGUAUGCUGAUUGGGUACAGUCCAAAUAUCUUCGCUGGCUGAUUACGGCCUUUUUCUGCGUCGCAGAUCAGAUGGUGUGGGCUUGUUUUUUGUACAUGUGCACCAGUCGGCCAGAGGAGGACAUGGAGCAGGUCAGCGACGACACAUUCAAACAACUGGUUCGAGCGGCAAUGCUUUUGCAGAUGGUGGCGCUCUUCCCGUUCUGCUUUACGCAUUUGCACGCUACGUAUGUGCUAGUGAAACAGUGGUGUGACCAAGAGACUCUUCUGAGGGCUUACAGGACGGGUCCAUAUGAUGUACCAAUGUUGGAGGAUGAAUUGACACGAGAGUCUGUUCUCAAAACGCGACUUCAGACGCACAAGUGCCGUUCCAUCACAGUGGUUGUUCCUGCAUACAUGCCGAAUGAGGAAGACAUUGUUUUGGAGUGCUUGGAUGCAUAUCGCAGAGAAGAGGCCAAAUAUCCGGGAAUCAUGCGUGUGAUGCUCGUUUGGAACUCCCCCCAAGAGCAUACAUGGAUUGAGCAGCAACUGGAGGAAUUGCAGGAGUCGUGGCCGGCAUUUUCGGUGCACCGAAAUCACAUGUCAACAUCAAAAUGUGACAACCUGAAUAUGGCAAUCAGCCUGCUGGAGACAGACUUUGCUCUCUUCAAUGAUGUCGACACCAUGGUUUCCGCCGCAAGUAUGUGCCGCGCUUCUCUACAUUUGUUCGAAGAGAACCAUAGCGCUGUGCAGUCAUAUCUUGUGCACUGCUGGGAAGAUUUCUCUGGCAUUCAAGAAGCUGGUUGCUUUCCCUUUGGGGCAGUGGUCACUGGUCACGAUGGUGUACUCCCCUCGCUAAACGAGUCCGUCUACGGGCAUAUGCAGCUUCCUUUCUGCAAUGGUCGAGGAUCGUUUUGGCGAAGCGAUGCCAUCAAGAUGAUUGGCUUUGACCAUCGCACCAUUGCGGAAGAUCAUGAUGCUAUGUUCCGCGCGAAGGCCUACUAUGGCUUUACAGGUGUCUCCGACAUCAACAUCCUUUGCCAGGAACGUGAACCGCCGGACUUUGGUAAUGUGAUCAGCCAGAGGACUCGCUGGAUGAAUGGGCAAAUGCAAAAGCUAAGAGCACUUUCUUGGGCGGUCCGCUCCCAGCACAUGUCGCCCUUUCUCAAGAUUUACCUCGUUUACAUGGAAUGGAUUUCAAGACCCUUCCAAGGGUUCCCUUUCAUCCUUGCCCAGUGGGCCGGCAUUUGGGUGAUGAAGGCUCGCGCCACGGAGGUCAAUCCGUUGAUUGCGGUCAACAUCUUCGAGGUGGAAGUGAAGUGGCCCGUCUUUGCCCUUGUGAUUUAUGUGAUUCCGCUGGCCUCUCGAUACGCGGCUUCCCUUCUGGCCUCCCGCUAUCGUCCACGGUGGCUCGGCUGGAUCAUGAGUAGUCUCCUGGUGCCCCUGAUUUACAAUCCGGUGAGGGAAACCUUGGUCCGGUUCCGCAUGCUGCAUGACUUUCUUUGGAGCAGCAAGUUGGAGUUUGUGUGCACCACACGCGACAAGACCCCCUCCCACUCUCCCAGCAUGUCGCCCAGCAGCUCCUUUUUCCGCGGCCCCAGCAGUGCCAAAUUGGGCGAACAGAGUGACUAGCGAGCCCAAUUUUGUGGAUGGCAUUGACUGGACGUGGCCAAAACGCCACAAGCGAG